GGUCCCGAGGAGCGCCCCAGCCCCGGGGAAAGCGACCCUGCGAGCCCCCCUCCACCGCCCUGCCCCGAGGGCUUCUACUUCUCGGCGCUCCCCGAGGCUGAGCAUCAGGACCCUGCUGUCCCCCCAAGCCUGCCGAGCUCGGGGGCGCUGACCCCUGGGAUGGACGGUCCCCGGAAGAUCCGGAGCAAGUUGCAGCACACCCUGGUCCUGGAGCUGGAUGGGACCCUGCUCUACUCCUCCCUGCUCGCCCGGGGGCAGCAGGAUGCCACGGCCACCUUCACCAUGAACUUCCAGGCCAGUUCCUACAAGGUCCACGUGAAGCUGCGUCCGCACGUGCAGGAGUUCUUGGAGAGCCUUUCCAAGACCUAUGAGAUCUUCAUCUACACCACCGCCAAGAAGGACUAUGCCAAGAAGCUGCUGGAGGUGCUGGACCCCAAGAAGCUGAUCAGGUGCUGCCUCUCCCAGUCGGAUUGUGUCUGCUCCCAGGGCUGCUACUGGAAGGACCUGACCCACCUGGGCAGGGACCUGGCCAAGACGGUGGCCCUGGACCACGCCAUGCAGGGCUUCCCUGCCCAGGCUGCCAACUGGAUCCCGGUGCCACCGUGGUCUGGGGACCUUCAGGACGAGGAGCUGCUGCGCCUCAUCCCGGUGCUGGAGCAGCUGGGCCAGGCGGAGGACGUGCGCCCCGAGAUCCAGCGGCGAUUCCCGCCCCAACAGCUGCCUGCGUGAGGAUGAGCCUGGAGCAGCUCUGGGAGAGGCCGUGGGGAAGCUGUGGAUGCUCAGG